AUGACUCUGGGCAAGUCGUCUUCCCUCUGUGAGCCUGUUUGUCAGCAAAAUGAGGAGUUGAGGCUCCAGGUGCGCUGCGGCAAGGUGUGGAGCGACUAUGUGGGUGGCACUCAGGGGGACCUGGAGGAGCUCUUUCUUUACCCGGAGGAGUCGGUGGUCCAGGUGUCUGGCAAAUACAGCUCCUACCUGAGGAAGCUGGUCUUUGUGACUGACAAGUUCCACUUCCUAGCUUUUGGGAAAGACACAGGCACGAGUUUCAAUGCUGUCCCCUUGGACCCCAACACUGUGCUACGAUUCAUCAGUGGCUGAGCUGGGAGCCUUAUUGAUGCCAUUGGCCUGCACUGGGACUCCUACUCCAGGGACUACGAGAACUGCUGAGUUACACGGCACCCCUGCAAGGGGGGGGUGUGGGAACCCCGAGAUCACCAACCACCAUCUACAUGUCUCAAUAAAGAAAAAUACAUG